AUGGACACGUACGCUACACGUCUGCGCCAGUUAGCCCUUACUCUCGGAUGUGAAUUCUCGGAUCAAGACACAGAAAUCAAAGGCCAGCUUAUACAGGGAUGUAGCUCCAACAGAAUUCGGCGACGCAUUCUGGGUGAUCCAGACCUCAAAUUGAUGGACAUACUAAAUUUAGCUAGAGCUAUGGAGCAGUCCGAACGCCAGGCGAAGAGGAUUGAACAGUCCAAUCAGCCUAUCCCAGAGACUGUGUUCAAGCCAAACUACACGUGGACGGCAGCGUACAACCCGUCGCUCACCAACACAGACGUCUACCGUUUAAUCUGCGUGAACGUUCGACAGCAGCACUCAAACGACUACUUGAACUUGACAUUAUCGAACCAGUUGGUGAUGGUCCCAACACCAUGGGUGUCCCCUAUCCAUGUAGUCGAGAAACCUAAAAACCCAUCUCAGAUCAGAAUUUGUGUUGACAUGCGCGCACCAAAUGAAGCAAUUCAGCGAGAACGACACAUAACUCCCACUCUGGAUGAUAUCAUAUCUGAACUGAAUGGAUCUAAGAUAUUCUCCAAACUCUACUUGAAUGCUGGUUACCACCAAAUCGACCUUCACCCAGAAUCCCGCAGCCUCACAACGUUCUCUACACAUAUGGGUCUCUUCAGAUACAAACGCUUGAACUUUGGGGUGUGUUCAGCUGCCGAAGUCUUCCAGAACCACAUCAGAAUGGCUCUUCAGGGACUAGCAGGCGUUAUUAACCUUAGUGAUGAUGUUUUUCUCCAUGGACGUGACCAACAAGAACAUGAUCAACGACUUGAGUCAACUUUACAGCGCAGACGAGCACUCAACCUCACUCAGAACCACCACAAACCCUUGAUUCCAUUGUUCAACAAAGCCAGCUCAAAACCUCCUGCGAGAAUUGAACGCUGGAUCUUAAAGCUUCAAGGAUACUCGUACAACGUAACAUAUCGCCCAGGACAUGGCAAUCCAGCUGAUUUUCUGUCCAGGCACCAUGUUCAGUCACCAGACGCUCCAAGCUGUGAAGAAAAGAUGGCUGAGAAACACACAAACUUUCUAACGCAGCAUGCAGUUCCAAAAGCCCUAACACCCGCAGAAAUUCAAGACGCCACGAAGGCCGAUCCACUAUUGCGAACUGUAAUGGGCUUAGUUAAAGGCAACAAAUGGAAAUCUGCCUACAAACCAAAUGUUAACGCAAAGCUUGACAGCGCUACAGCAAGACAGCUUCAGUCCUUUGCUACAGUGCACACUGACUUAUCAGUAAACUCUGACGGAAAUAUCCUCCUGUUUGGUUCCCGCAUUGUGAUACCAGCCUGCCUUCAACAGCGAGUGUGCGACCUCGCCCACGUUGGACAUCAAGGUAUUGUCAAAACAAAGAAACUGCUUCGUCAAAAGGUUUGGUUCCCUGGUAUCGAUAAACUCGUGGAGACAACCAUUCAUAACUGCAUCCUGUGCCAGGCCGUAACCCCUGAAAACUCUUCCCGUGGAGAACCGCUCAAGAUGACUGCGCUCCCGCAAGCACCAUGGGAAAACGUCUGUGCAGAUUUCGUUGGACCAUUACCCUCUGGAGACUACUUACUGAUUGUCUAUGACGAAUACUCCCGUUACCCUGAAGUAGAAAAGGCGUUUUGCACCUCUGCGCGAUCCACCAUUCCCGCCUUUGACAAGAUAUUUGCCACACAUGGUAUACCAUCAGUUUUGAAAACUGACAAUGGACCUCCAUUUAAUAGUACAGAGUUUCACCAGUUCCUCGAUUACCUAGCUAUGAAACACCGGAGAAUCACGCCGUACUGGGCAAGAGCUAAUGGUGAUGCAGAAAGGUUCAUCAAGACCUUACAGAAAGCCAUGCGUGCAUCUGAAGCUGAAGGAAAGCCAUGGAAACAGGAACUAUACAAAUUCUUAAGGAAUUACCAUGCAACGCCCCACAGCUCAACUGACAAACCACCUGCUGAACUACUACUCAACAGACCGUACCGCACAACUUUACCACAACUUGCCCAACCCGUCUCUCAAUCCGACAUCCAGGUUACAGACGAUAGCGCCAAACAGAGAAGUAUUAUGCUGAUCUUCACGCACAGGCUAAGCCAGCCACCAUUCGUGUUGGUGAUAUCGUACUACUACGCAACCAGAAAAAGGGUAAACUUAAACCUCUGUUCAGCUCCAACCCGUAUAAAGUCACCGCAGUGA